CGGCUCAGCGCUGUCUUCCCUGCACCCCCUACCCCUCCCGGAGAGGGGGCGCUGCGGCCACCUAGGACGCCGCACGGGACCCACUUCCCCCUGCGGGCUUGGCCCGCCGAGAGCCUGAGAGCGGGAUCUAUUUACACCGGGCACCAAUUAGCCUUUGAGGGAUCGUUCACCCACGUGCCAAUGUGAUUGCCUGUGUCAGGAGGGCGGGCGCGCCAACCGCGUCCCUGUGGAGAGACCCCCACCGCCGCGGCGCCGGGAAAUCCAGCGCGCCCCCGAGCGAACCCCGUCGGCCGGGCAGCACCUCGGACAGCGCCCGCGGCUGCAAGCUGGUGCGGCUCGCCGGCCACUGGCGGCGCGGGUGGAGGUGCAGCAGCUGCGUGUGCCCGCAGCCUCCACAUUUUCCCUACCCCACCCUCCCUCGGAAACUCCAACUGCCAGUGCCUAGCUUAUUUUUCUUCCUUCUGAAAGGCCAGCGUCUUAUCGGUCAAGUUCAAGUCCCUAGGACUGGCCCAGUGUCCUGUCCUUAAGUCAUUUCUACCAUCCUCCCGUGACCGCGGAGAGCCGGGAGCCCUGCGCUGCUGGUCCCAGCGCCGGCUCUCGCAGUCCCAGUCUGUCCGGAGCAGCAUCUCGGCGCGUUCACCUCUCUCUCUCUCUCUCUUUCCCUCUCUUUCUCCCUUCCUCUGUUUCUUCCUCCACUUCCCCCUCCUUCUCCUGCCUCUUAAGUUUUCUGCACCGUGAAUCCAACUGUGCCAAGCCUAGGCUCCCGCGAACCAAUCCCGAGUGCGACCCUGGCACUGGGACACCGACUCCGCCGAGGCUGGAAGAAACAGCCGGACCCGUCCGCGCCGGAGCAUGGAGACGGAGCGCCAGGGAGGGCACGUCCGGGGCGCUGAAGACGCCAGGCCCCAGUAGCUCCUCCAUGGAGCCUGCCCAGAGCGGUCCCUGCUCGCCAGCGUCGCCCCCAGUCCUGUGCGGCUGCUGAGAGCGCUCCUUGCUCCGUAAAGUGGAUGUCAGGUGGAUCUAUGUUUUUGAAGGAACAAAGACUCAGCGAAGGCACCGCCAAGGAAGUUUGAGACGCGGGAGGAUGCAGGCUGCGUGCUGGUACGUGCUUCUCCUCCUGCAGCCCACCGUGUACUUGGUGACAGGCGCCAAUUUAACAAACGGUGGGAAAUCAGACCUUCUGAAAUCAGGAAGCAGCAAAUCCACACUCAAGCACAUAUGGACAGAAAGCAGCAAAGACUUAUCUAUCAGCCGGCUCCUGUCACAGACUUUCCGUGGGAAAGAAAAUGACACAGAUUUGGACCUGCGCUAUGAUACCCCAGAACCUUAUUCGGAGCAAGACCUCUGGGACUGGCUGAGGAACUCCACAGACCUUCAAGAGCCUCGGCCCAGGGCCAAGCGAAGGCCCAUAGUUAAGACGGGCAAGUUUAAGAAAAUGUUUGGAUGGGGUGAUUUUCAUUCCAACAUCAAAACAGUGAAGCUAAAUCUAUUGAUAACUGGGAAAAUUGUAGAUCAUGGCAAUGGGACAUUCAGUGUUUAUUUCAGGCAUAAUUCCACUGGUCAAGGGAAUGUAUCUGUCAGCUUGGUGCCCCCUACUAAAAUCGUGGAAUUCGACUUGGCACAACAAACCGUGAUUGAUGCCAAAGAUUCUAAGUCCUUCAACUGCCGCAUUGAAUAUGAAAAGGUUGACAAGGCUACCAAGAACACACUCUGCAACUAUGACCCUUCAAAAACCUGUUACCAGGAGCAGACCCAAAGUCAUGUUUCCUGGCUCUGCUCCAAGCCGUUUAAGGUGAUCUGUAUUUACAUUUCCUUUUAUAGUACAGAUUAUAAACUAGUUCAGAAAGUGUGCCCCGACUACAACUACCACAGCGACACACCAUACUUCCCCUCGGGAUGAGGAUGAACAAGGGCAUGAGACUGAAGCCUGAGGAGUUAAAGGUCAUAUGGCAGGGCUGUCACCUCAAAGAGGAAGGUCCUAUCUGUUGCCUGGAAUGUGUCUACACUGCUGCUCUCGUCAACUGGCUGCAAAUACGUUAGUGGAAAAUAAUCCGAUGUUAUUUCUGCCCAGUCAGCUUCAUCUCUCGGUAUAGUUGUAAUCACCACCCUGGCAGACACACUCUCACAUAUAGAGGUACACAAACACACACAUUUGUGCACAUUUCAACUGCAUCCGUCAUGAUUCCUGUUGAGAGGGCUUUCAUUGUCUGACUCAAUGGUUCAGGAUCAACUAUCAUGCAACAAAAGGAUUAACUAGACAGAGAAUGUUUCUAACACUCACUGUUAUGGAAAUCUCUUAAAGUCUUGAGUCCAUGCUAAUCGAUAACCCCACUCAUGCAUUCCUACUGCUUGGAGUAGCUGUACUGGUAAAUACUACUGUAGGAGUAUAUGCUUGUUAAAAUGGAAAAACGUGUCUUAGAGCUCAGUAUUCUUUAUUUUAUGAACACAACAAAGUGUAGUAACUUUUUUCCAGCAUAUAGUAGGCACAUUCAAGGUGAUACAAGAUGGCUCUUUUUUUUCUCUGGAGGGAGCCUGUUCUCAGUAAAGAUGAGCAAACAUUUGGAAUUUACAUGUGGGCAGAUGUCGGGAUGACAGCUUUCAUCACCAGUCUUUGGACUUUGGCGAAGUUGAGAACAGCUAAGGCCACUUAAAACAAGUUCUGAUCAUUAACUAAGAAGGAAAAUUCCUGGCAGACACCAUGUAAGUUAUAAGUGUCUGUCUUAUCUUUACUACACAUAUUGUAACAAAUUCAAUAUCCUAGUCUUCAUUUGUAUGAAUGGUUUGUAUUGUACAUAGUUUAACCAAGUGUUAUUUGAGCUGCUUAUUAAUAUUAAAUUGUACUUGUCUCUCUGCUUGUCAUUGGUUAAAAAAGAAAAAAAAGGAUAUGAGGAACCCAUUUUAUCAAUGUAGCUGUGAACUCCAUUAAAAAGACAAACUUAAUGUACAAAGCAUUUAUUCAGCUCAAGUAUUGUUGAAAGCUAUACAUAUACAACAUUACAGUCUGUCUGUAUUUAGAUAUUUUAUUUCUGGAUAAAAUGAAUUGUACAUAAAAUAAAACACUUAAAAGUUGAGUUUCAAUA